AUGUCCCGCAAUGUCUGCAUCACCUCCGUUGAGGGAAACACCGGCUUCGUGAUUGCCGAACUUCUCCUCAGCGAUGAAAACUUCUCCAAAGCCGUCUCCUCCGUCUCAGGCCUAACCCUCAACCCCUCCGCCGAACGCUGCAAAGACCUCACCCAACUCGGCGCCACCAUCGUCCCUCACCAGCCCGGCCGCGUCAAGAACGUUGCCGCUAGUAUCAAGGGCACUAAUGCGGACACGGUAUGUGUAAUUCCGCCGGCGUCGAAGCAUAAGAUCGAUGUUACGGCGGAGUUGAUUGAGGCCGCGAAGAUGGCGGAUGUUCCGAAUAUUGUGUUUCUUAGUGCGGCGGGCUGUGAUCUUGCGGAGAGGGAUAAACAGCCGCGACUGAGGGAGUUUGUUGAUUUGGAGGCGUUGUUUAUGGGGGCGAAGGGGGAUGCGUCGUCGAGGACGGGGGAGUGUCCGGUUAUUAUUCGGGCCGGUUUUUAUGCUGAGAAUCUGCUUUCAUAUGCCCACCAGGCGAAGGAAGAGGGAGCUCUUCCUCUGCCUAUUGGACAGCAGCAUAAGUUUGCUCCGGUUGCGUUAGGCGACGUUGCACUUCUGGCUGCCCAUGUCUUGUCAGGAAAGGGUUCUCACGGUUUGGAUGACAAGCAUCGUGGCCAAUUGAUGACCAUAACUGGUCCCAUCCUCUUAAACGGCCCAGAACUCGCCAAAGCAGCCAGUGAGGCCCUGAAAGCCGAUAUGAAAUUCGAGGAUAUCUCCGAUCGCGAAGCAAAAGAAGUCCUCCGUAAGCACACCGACGUCGACGAUACGGAGAUCCAAUUCCUGGUCGAAUACUACUCUCUCGUCCGCGAGGGCAAGACGAACUACGUGGCUACGACUGCGUUCCGCGAUGUCACCAUGGGCGAAGAGCCGCAGAAGCCGCAUGAGUUCUUCAAGAUUUAUGAAGAGGAGUUUGCGCCUAAUAAGAAGGCGGCGAAGAAAAGGAAGGUUGAUGGGAAGUGA